CCCACCCACCCUCCACUGGAAGCCUCGGGAUGCGUUUGCAGGCCUGUUUGUGUACGGAAAAGGGUUCGCGAAGCAUUUCAGUGUAACGAACUCCUGGCACGAUUUAAGUAUCAGUCCUGAUGGUGACGAAAGCCUAUGUACAGUGCACAGUACGAGCCUAAAUUUUAGUGUUCCUUGUAGUCAGAACGCGACUGCGAGGGACUUCCUGAGGAUUGGCGAGAAAGGCAUCGGCCAGAGUUUCUUCGCGCUGGACUGUGUGCAGAUUUCAGACUCUGUCCUUGGCGGCUGGGGAGUGCCAAUCCUCCUCCUCUCCCUCGGAAUCAUGCUUCUGCUCCUCCCGGUGGCCCUCCUUCGCCUUCGGAAGCGCAGGAGGGAGAGGAAGGGCGUGUUCCAUCCCGAGGAGGAUCAGCACUACGUCACCCUCCGCUCCGGCAGUCGCCCGAUGCCUCCCCACGACAAGAGGGGUCUUCACCUCCUCGACCGCCAGAGAGGUAAAUUGGACGACCCCGAAGAGGACGAAGAGCAUGUGUACUGCUACAUGGACAUGGAAAUGUUAAGGAAGCAGUUAGAGAGGGACAGGCGGGCGGCGGCACAGGCACAGCAGCAGGAGAGGGACCCAGACGCAGUGAGUGUGUGCAGCCACGACUCCAGGAAUUCCUUGUACGAUGAACUGAAGGCCAUAGAGGCAAGGCAUAACAGGGAGGGUAAAGGAGAGUAUGAGUAUGAGGAAGAAGACAAGGGUGAGGAGGAGGAUAGGGAUGUGGAAGAGGAAGAAGACAAGGAUGAGGAGGAGGAUAGGUAUGUGGAAGAGGAGGAAGGAGAAGAUUUUCUGUAUCCAUGA